GUCACUGCCGAAGCGAUUGUCGACCAUGGCUGCGGCGGAAGCCUUCCCUGUGCUCUCAUCGCAAGCUUAUCUCGAUGGCAAAGCGGCGCGGGAAACAAGGGCACUGGUCGCCGAUCUGUGUCGACAGUUCUACACCCUCGGCUGGGUUUCCGGUACCGGCGGUAGCAUCACCAUCAAAGUCCACGACGACGCCAUUCCAAAGCCCCACCAGCUAAUCGUUAUGUCCCCUUCAGGUGUGCAGAAGGAGAGGAUGGCAGCGGAUGAUAUGUACGUGCUUUCUAGCGAGGGUGACGUUCUCUCGGCGCCUUCCACUAAGCCCUACCCCAAUAAAUCUCCUAAAUGCUCUGAUUGCGCCCCACUUUUCAUGAAGGCUUAUCAAAUGCGCAAUGCAGGGGCCGUCAUUCAUAGCCAUGGGAUGGAGUCAUGCCUUGUAACAAUGAUCAAUCCCUUAUCAAAGGAAUUUCGAAUCACUCACAUGGAGAUGAUAAAAGGAAUUCAAGGACAUGGUUAUUAUGACGAGCUUGUGAUUCCAAUAAUUGAGAACACUGCUCAUGAGCGUGAACUCACAAAUUCACUCACGGAAGCUAUUUCAGCAUACCCAAAGGCAACAGCAGUGCUUGUGCGAAAUCAUGGGAUAUAUGUCUGGGGAGAUUCUUGGAUAAGUGCCAAAACUCAGGCAGAAUGUUAUCAUUAUCUAUUUGAAGCUGCAAUCAAGCUCCAUCAGUUGGGCAUUGACUGGACAAGUCCAAGUCACGGUCCUAAUAAUCCAUAUAAAAAAUGUGGCUAUAUAACUUCAGAUACUUCUGUGGAAGCUGGACUUGCCAAUGGAACUCAGGCUCCUGACAAACAGAGGAAAUGCAUUCUACUUGACAUUGAGGGGACAACUACACCAGUAUCUUUCGUUACUGAAGUUCUUUUUCCUUAUGCCCGUAAUAAUGUGCGGAAACAUUUGAUGUCCACAUAUGAUAGUGAGGAAACUCAAGAUGACAUUAAGCUGUUGCGUGCUCAAAUUUUGGAUGAUUUGGAGAAGGAACCUUCAGGUUAUGUACCAAUUCCACCCGAUGAAGCUGGGAAAGAGCAAGUGAUUGAUUUCUUAGUAACUCAUGUUGAGGAGAUGAUAAAGGCUGACCGAAAACUUACAGCACUGAAACAGUUGCAGGGCCAUAUAUGGAGAGCUGGUUUUGAAAAUAAGGAACUACAAGGUGUGGUCUUUGAUGAUGUCCCUGAAGCUCUUAAGAGGUGGCACACGAAUGGCAUCAAGGUUUACAUAUAUUCUAGUGGGAGUAGAGAGGCUCAGAGGCUUGUCUUCGGACAUUCAGAACAUGGGGACUUGAGAAAGUAUUUAUGCGGAUUUUUUGACACGACAGUUGGAAACAAACGAGAAUCAAGGAGUUAUUUUGAGAUAUCACAGUCUGUUGGAGUAGAUGCACCAUCACAAAUCUUAUUUGUUACAGAUGUUUACCAAGAAGCUAUUGCUGCAAAGGCUGCAGGUCUCGAUGUCAUCAUUUCCAUUCGUCCUGGAAACGCACCACUCCCAGAUUAUCAUGGAUUUCAGACUAUUACAUCCUUCGCAGAAAUAUGAUCAAAUUGAAUUGGAGUAAUAUUUUCUGAAGACUAUUCGCGUUUUUUAGACAAUAUAUACGAAAAAUAUAUAUAUUAUGCGGAGGUGUGACAAUAAAUGGAUUAAUUAUUAGUGUGGACGUCGAACGUCGUUCGGAGAUCAAGUAGAAUGCGCCAUGCCACUCCUGUGCUCGAUACAGCUCGAUACCGCUCGGUAUCACGGCUCGUACUGCUCGGUACCGCUGAUGCUGUAUAUUCUGAUUGGUCUCCGGACAAAGUUCUGCAUCCGGUCUCUGAACAAUAUAAUAUAAUUUCUCCGAUAAAGGAGGCUUUCUGUAACUCAUCACUUGUUUUGUUGAUCUUGUGGUCAUCAAAGGACUUUCGUGUAGAGCAUAUUUCUUGCUCCUUGCAGAAUAUAAGCGGCAGUGAAAGUUAAAAUUUGAGAAAAGGAUUUCAAUGUUUCU